CUGGCAGCCGGAUCUUCUGCCAUGGCUGCUCCUCUCGAGUCUCGGGCUGCGCCUGUGGAUCAAUUGGUGGGCUUCGGAGCUGGCACUACGGGAGGUGGUUCGGGUGCCGGUGUCACCGUCGACUCCUGCAGCGCCCUGACGACUGCGCUCAAGACCGGCGGCGUCAUCAAGAUCAAGGGAAAGCUUUCCGGCUGCGGUGUCCUUCGCGUACCAAGCAACACUUCUCUCCUCGGAGUAGGAAAGGGUUCUGGCCUGUCUGGAGGAGGCUUCCGUCUCAAGGACGUGAACAACGUGAUCAUCUGGAAUCUGGAAAUCAGUCCGCCAAAGAAGUCGGAUGCAAUUGACCUGGAGACGGCCACCAAUGUUUGGGUCGACCAUUGCGAUCUUCACAGUGUCGGGUUGGUUGGAGGAAAGGACGACUACGAUGGCCUCUUCGACGCAAAGCGCGGAUCGGACAAA